UUUGCCUGAGCAACAGACCAAAGAAAACAGACCUGUUUGUCUUACUGAAACCAGGAAACCAAUCAAAAGGCUAAAGCAAGACAAGUAGGAACAGAAAGGGGGGUCUGAAGAGACAGAGAGAAGGAGAAGAAGCGAUCUUUCCGCUGAGCUGCAUGUAGAUGUACCUGCUCCACUUGCCCUGAGAAUAAAGGAUUGUUAUUCUACUGAGAUACAUGCUGGAGUUAGUGUAAUGGGCCCUCUUCUAGAAGAGCUAGAAGAGGACAGCAGUGCUUAACUUUGGUCAUGAGUGCUCCAUACUUUAAAGGAUACAGUAACAUGUUCAGUCUAAUAUGAAGCAAUGUGAUGUACAGUAUGUUAGGUGAACUGACACUGGAUGCCGUUUGAAGAAGACAGGAUGCAGUGUGUUCAGAUCAAUUUAAGGAAUCCCAAAUAUUGCUGUUCAGACUGCAAACAUCAGUGUGAACAAUCCAAACCUGAAUGUCAUAAACUUCAUCAAUGAGCUCCACCCAUAUUCUGCUUAUCAGUUCACGUGUAUUCAAAACUGAACUUCAGCCCCAUUUUUACCUCGCGAGACAGUUUAAUAUUUAGUUAGACACCCUCUCAUGCAUACACAUACUGAAACUCUGACGUUUGAGGUGCUUUUUACUUCACUUCCCUCUCACACACACAACCAGCAACUUUAUGGCAGAAGCUGGUCCAGGAGCCUCCAGGAGCACCAGAAUGAGCUCCAAGCCCUUGACCAAUGAAGACCUACGGCUGAUGGAGAAGACCCUUAAAAGACUGGAAAGGCUUUCCGAACUGUGUACAAACCCUCGGCUGGGUCUGAGGAGCAGUCCGCCAUACCUGCCAGACCUGGUUCGAGAGACUUCAACUCUGGUCACACAGGUCUGGCAGCCGUUUCAGAACAUCAGGUCAGGAGGAAACCCGACUCCACGAGGGGAUGAGGCCAAGUACCUGAGAAUCCAUAUCAGAAACCUGCUUGAUAAAACGGACAGAGCCAUGCUGCUUUUCAAAGAGGGCCGAGAGAAGAUAUUUGAUGAGACAUCCAGCUACAGGAGGAAUCUGACCAAGCUGUCCUUGCUGUUCAGCCACAUGCUGUGGGAGCUCAAGGCCAUGUUUCCAGGAGGAUACUUUCAGGGUGAUACUUACAAACCAAAGAAGGCUGAAGCAGAUCAGUUUUGGAGGAAUUUUUUUGGAACCAUGUGUAUCGUACAGUGGAAGAAAUUCAAAGAGCAACUGAAAAGUGUGCAUCCAUUUGAGGAAGGGAUGGAGGCCAUGGCCCUGAAAUCCACAAUUGACCUCACCUGUAAUGAUAACAUCUCAGUGUUUGAGUUUGAUAUUUUUACAAGCCUGUUCCAGCCUUGGAGAUCACUCAUAAGAAACUGGAACCAGCUCGCUGUGACACAUCCAGGCUACAUGGCCUUCCUCACUUAUGACCAAGUUGUGGCUCGGCUUGAACACUACCUGCAUAGACCUGGAAGCUACAUCUUUCGUCUGAGCUGCACCAGAAUGGGCCAGUGGGCCAUUGGCCAUGUGACCCCUGAUGGUGAAAUCAUCCAGACCAUCCCACACAACACGCCUCUCUACCAGGCACUCAUCCAGGGCUUUAACGAGGGCUGCUACCUGUACCCGGAUGGACGUGACAUGAACCCCGACCUGACGAGCUUGUGUGAACUGAGCAGCAGGGAUAAAGUCCAAGUUACAGAAGAGCAGUAUGAGAUGUACUGUGAGAUCGGAAGCACUUUCCAGAUGUGUAAGAUCUGUGCAGAGAGGGAUAAGGACAUUCGGAUUCACCCCUGUGGACAUCUACUUUGCCAGCCUUGUCUCACAGGAUGGCAGCAGAAGUCAGCCGGCCACACCUGCCCGUACUGCCGCUGCGAUAUCCUGGGAACAGAGUCUGUCCUCAUCGAGCCCUACCUGAAAGUCAGCCAUCAGUGGGAGGAUGAUGAUGAUGAUGGCGAAGAUGACGACGAUGAUGAAGACCAUGAAGACAUUGAGGUGGUGGUGAAGGAAAUGGCUGCCCUUCGGAAGUUCUCGAGUUUAGAUUCUCAGAUCAACAGUUCUCACCUCAGGGCUCCACCUCUGCCGCCGAAAAACAUCUCCUCCCCUGACUACUCAUCUACGUCCGGCCAAUCUCAGACACUCGAAAAUAAAGCUCUCGGCAGACAUGCCCACUUGCAUGAUGCUGCCAGUGACAGACCACAGGCAAACAGCACUGAAUUCUUCAGAGAAGCAGAUUCCUCCUCUCUGAAUCCAGAGUGUGCAGUAGCAUGGAUCGGACCCUCCAGUCCAAGAUAUUCAAGGGAUGAGAAAAGCAGAACAAGACUCAGAAAAGACAAGAAUAGCUUGGGUGAAAUAACAAGAACAAUGUCUUCCUAAGUGAAAUAACAGACCUGUAACAUCUGAAAUAUAGGAAAUGCUUUCAAAGACACAAACGAAAACUAACAUAACCUUUAUGACUUAAGUGAAUGUAAAAAAAAAAAAAAGUGUCAUGUUUGAAUGACUGCCCGCCGCAAAUAUGUUCAAAUGUUUUCAUCAACUCAU